CAGAGUUGCUGGUGCAGGAGAAGGGACAAGCUUGUGGGUCCAUGAUCUGUGGAAUCUACCUGGCUCUUUUUCUCUCUUUUCAGCUAGUUUUAUCUCUGGAAGGGGACACAUUCAUGGUGACUGACCUUAUACACAAGUUGCUUCUAUUUGCAUCUCAGUUCUACAGGCUCGUCCUGCUGAGCAGGCUCUGCUUGCAGAUUUUCAGCCCUUGUCUUCUUUAAGAUGAAUAUAUUGUGCUUCUGUGGACCGUGUCCUGCCAGCCCGGUGCUCAGCAGCUCAGUACGCUUCCCGCAGGAGUAAAACCCUUCACAGCACACUGUGUCUUACUGAAUAUGUUGGAUUAAUGCUUCUCCUCUGGGAAUAUGCUCCUCCCAUAUUCCAACUGGGAAGCUGGAUGGGAGUGAGGGCUCUGUUUUCGGGUGGCUUUUGCUUCUACAGACACUACAGUGCGAAGAACAGGAAGUUUCUGCUUUGCGGCCUUAAGGAAAAAGGGGAUCAGCACAAUGUGUCUGUUAACACAUGUGCCUGUGCUCAGCUUGCAGGGGACAGUUGAGAGCCUGCUCACCCCAGAGGGAGAAGUUUGUGGUUUGGGUUCUUAUUUCCUGCUGGGGAUCGCUCUCAUCUACACGUGACCCCAGCUUGUGCCGGAUAGUUGUGAAAUACCAUAAGGAGUUGAAAAAUCAUUGUGUUGGGGGAAAACUGCUUUUUGCAGAGAGAAGAAAGAUGGAAAGUAAUGCAGUGUUGCUGGAGUCCAAGUCCUCUCCUAUCAACCUGCUGAAUGAAAUGCACCAGCUGCGCCUCCUGGGCCACCUCUGCGACGUGACGGUCAGUGUGGAGUACCAGGGCGUCAGGGCUGAGUUCGUUGCUCACAAAGCCGUGCUGGCAGCAACCAGCAAGUUCUUCAAGGAGGUGUUCCUCAACGAGAAGGGCAUGGAUGGCCCCAGGACCAACGUGUUCCUCAACGAGGUCCAGGUUGCUGAUUUUGCCUCGUUCCUUGAGUUUGUCUACACUGCCAGGGUGGAAGUGGAAGAGGACAGAGUGCAGCGGAUGCUCGAAAUAGCCGAAAAGCUGAAGUGCUUGGACCUCUCAGAAACCUGCUUUCAAUUAAAGAAGCAGAUGCUGGAAUCGGUGCUGCUGGAGUUGCAAAACUUCUCAGAAUCACAAAACUCCGAGGAGGAGAGCACUGCCCAGCCAAGUGUUCUGCUGGAGCCCAAAGCUGUGGCCGGAGCUGACCAGGAGGACACUGCCCUGGAUCCCCCAGGUUCCCCAGCAGCCAGGCCCAGCAAUGGAAUGGCUCCCGAGCCUCCAGCUGCCAAACCAAAAGAGAAAAUGGACAAAAAGAAGGAAAUGAUGAAGCCUCCUUAUGCCAAAAUCAGAAGGGCAAGUGGGAGGCUGGCUGGGAGGAAAGUGUUUGUGGAAAUCCCAAAGAAGAAAUACACGAGGCGGCUGAGAGAGCAGCAGAAGAACGCGGAGGUUGCUGUUGAAGAAAACAAGUAUCCUCAAGAUCAGGAGAUGUGUGAGCUGGAGAGGGAGGAGGAGGAGCAAGGGGAGAACAACAUCAAACCUGAGAGCGAGGAGUGUGAUGGCCACUUGGAAUCAGAAGAAAGCCUGAAGAAAUCCGAAGAGGAUAAAAAGAAGCGCGGCAGCAACUUCAAGUGCAGCACGUGCGAGAAGGAAUUCCUGUAUGAGAAAAGCUUCCUGAAGCACAUCAAGCACAGCCACGGCAUCGCAGCCGAGGUCAUUUACCGGUGUGAGACCUGCAGCCAGACCUUUGCCAACCGCUGCAACCUCAAAAGCCACCAGCGGCACGUCCACAGCAGCGAGCGCCACUUCCCUUGUGAGCUCUGCGGUAAGAAGUUCAAGAGGAAGAAGGACGUCAAGAGGCACAUUCUCCAGGUUCAUGAGGGUGGUGGGGAGCGUCAUCAGUGCCAACAGUGUGGAAAGGGGUUGAGCUCCAAAACUGCCUUGAGGCUCCAUGAAAGGACGCAUACAGGCGACAAGCCUUAUGGGUGCACAGAGUGUGAGGCUAAAUUUUCUCAGCCUUCUGCACUUAAAACCCACAUGAGAAUCCACACUGGUGAGAAACCUUUUGUCUGUGAUGAGUGUGGUGCCAGGUUCACUCAGAAUCACAUGCUUAUCUAUCACAAACGAUGCCACACAGGGGAAAGGCCUUUCAUGUGUGAGACGUGUGGAAAGAGCUUUGCCUCUAAGGAGUACUUGAAACACCACAACAGAAUCCACACUGGCUCCAAGCCCUUCAAGUGUGAAGUUUGCUUCAGGACGUUCGCACAGAGGAACUCGCUUUACCAGCAUAUAAAAGUACACACAGGGGAGCGGCCCUACUGCUGUGACCAGUGUGGGAAGCAGUUCACGCAGCUGAACGCGCUGCAGCGGCACCACCGCAUUCACACCGGGGAGAAGCCCUUCAUGUGCAACGCCUGUGGCAGGACCUUCACCGACAAGUCCACGCUCCGGCGGCACACCUCGAUACACGAUAAGAACACCCCCUGGAAGUCCUUCCUGGUCAUUGUGGAAGGAGCAGCUAAGAAUGAUGAAGGUCACAAAACGGAGCUUCCCGAUGAGGAAUACGACGUGUCCCCUAAAAUCCCGGAGAAGCUGCUGCCCUUCCCUGAGAACAGCCACUACCAGAACUUGGCAGCAGCUGCCCCGGGGAGCGUGACGGCGCUGCACGACACCAGCUCUGCCACGGGCACAGACUGUAAGUCUGAUGGGACACCAGGGCCACAGGAAGCCCUUAUAGCAACCACCUUGAGCGAGCUGACGGUGCUGCACACACAGACAGACUCGAUUCAGCCGCAGCUGCACGCUCUGGUCAACAUGGAGUAACGUGGUAGUUACAGCUCCGGUGUAAGCUGCACCCUUUGUACAGCCCUUUGCCAACAGCCUCCCGAGGGGACUGGGGAGGUGUGGCAAGGAAGCAGGGUUAGAUGUGAAGGACAUGCAUUGGAUUGCCAGGAUUUCCUCACAGUGUUCACUCCCCACCGGGUACAGCUCCAUCUCCUGAAGGGAGGGCCCAGUAACACCGCACCAGGGCGGUGGGAGAGGCGGCACAAGGCCCUGUAAGUUGCUUCCCUCCGGCUGGAAGGGUGUAGUUGAGCCCGUUGGCUCUCGCUGCCUGCAGUGGCAGGAGGUACCAACACUCAGCUCGGUUCUAAUGAAGGUGUGAGUUUGAUUUGAUUGAUGACACUUGUACAAUCAAGAGAAGCAACGUGGUGUUUCUCAGCCUUGCAGCUUAGUGAGAUGAAUUCUGUUUUCCCUAGUGGAAAAUCAUCCAUAAAAUUAGAUUUACUAAAGUGCUUUUCAGGAAGUGGUGGGAUAUCUCUGCUUUUGCCAAAGAUCCAAGCAGUGAGCCAGCUCUCUCCUUGGGAAGGGGAGUGAGCUUUGGAAAGAUCUGGACUUUCAUUCCAGAUAGGAUUCCCUAGGAGCAAAAUGGGCAAGUGGGAGCCACGUGCUGUGGCUGUGCAGAUGCUGGUUGUUACUUCCAUCUCAAUGGAACCUUGCACAAUGUGCCACUCAUUCAGUCAGUGUCUUCAUCUUCUCACCUGGAAUUGAGAGACCAAACCACCUCGUGUACCAGGGGUGAUGAAGAGCAGUGCUCCAGCAGCAAAAGCCAGUGUAGGGCAUUGUAAUUGGCAUUUUCCCAUUACCUGUAUCCAGUCCUUUCCCACUGGUGCAGGGAGAGCAGCAGAGCUCUUUCCUCCACUGCUGCUCAGAACUGCAGACCUGCCUUUAAUACUCCCAUUGGAAAAGUUACCUCCUGUUCUGCUGUUGAGUUGCUGCAGCUAAUCCCACCCGUGCAAGAGUCCCCUGAGCAGGAGCUGGCAGGGUUCCUGUGGCUAAUGGCAGAAAGAGUGCAAGGAAGUGAAAAACAUCCCAAAGUCAAGGGAAUUUAGGCCUUUAUUGCCCAGAUUUGUCUGGAAGACUCUGUAGGAACCUAAACAGCAAUUUUAGGCCAGUGACUGGUUACGUGCCCCCAGUGAGGGGUUCAGAGGAAGGGCUAAAGUCUGAACCUUCCUGUUUGAGGGCUUUUCCUGAUCAGCAUCUGCUGCUACAUUGCAGGAGAAUAACCCUGGCAGGGCACCUUCUCAUAGAGUCACAGCCUGGUUUGUGUUGGAGGGGCCCUUAAAGCUCAUCCAGUUCCAACCCCUGCCACGGGCAGGGACACCUUCCACUAGAGCAGGUUGCUCCAAGCCCCUGUGUCCAACCUGGCCUUGAACACUGCCAGGGAUGGGGCAGCCACAGCUUCUCUGGGAAAAGUCUGUGCCAGCGCCUCAGCACCCUCACAGGGAAGAGCUUCUGCCUCAGAGCUCAUCUCAAUCUCCCCUCUGGCAGGUUAAAGCCAUUCCCCUUGGCCUGUCCCUACAGGCCCUUGUCCAAAGCCCCUCUCCAGGUUUCCUGCAGCCCCUUUAGGCACUGGAGCUGCUUUAAGCUCACAGUAUUCCAGGUACAGUCUGGUUUACAUCAGGAAGGUGAGCACUGGGCCUGAGGCUCCCAAGCCCAACUUCCCUUCAGCCCAUGCACCACCACCCGUCAGGUUUGGAUCCCAGCAGCACCAGUGGCCAUGAGAAUCGCCCUUUGGUUUGGGGCUUCCUCACCACGACAGGGAGAUCUUCCCUUAGUAUCUCCUCCCCUUGUUCUCCCAUCACAUCCAGGAGCUGGGACAGCUUUUGUGCAGGGAAACCUGAGGCACUUUCUGCGCAGGGUCAGCAUUUCCUGCCUCUUCCUUUGCUAAGCUGAGCUGGAACAAGGUAGUUACUGUGGUUGACAUGACUGAAGCACCUGGGAGGAUUUGGGAUGUUAUCCCUGUGUGGGGAACAAGGAACCUGGGGAAUCCUUGGCACUGGCAAACAUCUGCCUGGGAUGACUCUUGGGUUUCUACUUCACUUCCCUGUUUUCUCUUCAUGUCACUGUUAUGUUGGUAUUUCCACAGCUGAGGAAUGCUUCUGGAGGGUUGUGCUGGCGUGAAGGUAAGCACAGUCAAACCUUGGCAGGGUUUAGAGGUUGGCAAAGCAGUAACAACACCCAAACUGGCACAGAGCUGGUUCUGAACAUGAAAGGGAUCCCUGGUGUGUUACUCUGUGUGGAAUUGUAACUUAUCCUACAGAAAGGGAAUUUUUUACAAGAGCAUUUCCAAGAGGUUAUAUCGGAACUAUUUAUUCAAGCCCGGGGUCCCUGGUGAAGCUCAGGACUCUCCACACUGGUGUAAAGGGGUUGUAAAGCCUGAGUGUUAGUACCUGUAACCAGGGACCCUUUUGUACUCCACAAUGUACAGCAGCGAGUUACUCCUACAGCCUGCUCUGAUUAAAUCCUGAACGUUGUCACUGCCCUGCU